UGCGUGCUGGAGCUCACGAACUUCAGCCGAACUUUGACGACUAACAGACUGAACACUUCAACUCACAAUAGUUUACUGCCGUCUUGUUCUGUGCCUUUAGAAUAACGCGUUAUCUUACCGUAAUAUCAUUGAUGAAGAUUCAGAGUCUCCGUGACGUUCAUGUUUGCGCAAGCUUAAGUAGCCUACUAGUGUGCUACUUCACCGUGAGCAACAAACAGACAUAGAACAAUGAUUUUAGAGAGAAUACCUCCGAGAAUAUGCUCUUUAUUCAUGCUCAAGGCCGCGCUGAGGCAGGCCCACUCCUCCUCGGUUCGGCCGCAGCCGGUGCCUCCGCUCCUCCAGACGCUGCAGCGCUACCUGACGGCCCUGGAGCCGCUCCUGCCGCCGGAGGAGCUGGAGCACACCCGCGGGAUCGUGCAGAAGUUCGGCUGCCCUGGAGGUCUGGGCGAAAACCUGCAAAGAGAGCUGAUUAAGAGAGCAGAGCACUCGCACAACUGGAUUUCAGAUUGGUGGGUGCAGUGGGCAUACCUGGAGUGCAGGCAGCCCUUGGCAGUGCAUUCGAACCCUGCCAUCUCUUUGCCCAAACGUGACUUCACUGACUGGAGAGGCCAACUAGUGUUUGCAUCGAAGCUAAUUGCAGGAUUGCUGGACUUCAAAGCUCAGGUGGACAGUGGAAGGCUGGGGGUAGAGUACAUGCGCGGACAACCGUUAUGUAUGGAAUUGUUUCCUCAGUUGUUCUCCUCCUGUCGAAUCCCAGGACCCAAACAUGACCAUGUGAUUCACUAUGGACGUCCACGCCGUGGCCCAGCUCACAUUACAGUGGUCAGGAACUACCAGUUUUUCCAGCUGGAUGUGUACAACAGUGAUGGAACACCAUUGACAGAAAGUCAGAUCCAUGCUCAGCUGUUGCGGAUCCGCUCUCAGUCGUGGAAAACAGAUAAGCAACCGAUGGGGAUUUUGACCAGUGAGCAUCGUCACACCUGGGGUCAGGCUUACACGCGCUUGCUCAGAGAUAAAAUCAAUAAAGAAUCUGUGAGGCUGAUAGAGAAAUCGAUCUUUACGUUGUGCUUGGACUCUCCGGUUAUGAGGAUUUCCGAUGAGAAGUAUUCUAGUCGAAUGGCAGCACAGAUUUUGCACGGCGGUGGGACUUUCUCAAACAGUGGCAAUCGCUGGUUUGACAAGACGCUACAGUUUGUUGUUGGUGAGGAUGGGUCUUGGGGUCUCUUGUAUGAACAUGCAACAGCUGAAGGUCCACCUAUAGCCACGUUGUUGGAUCAUGUACUAGAUUACUGUAAGAAACCGGACCGAAUGCGAGCUCCUUUGAUUCCUCUGCCCAUGCCCAAGAAACUCUACUUCUACAUAAAUUCUGAGAUCAAAUGGGAUCUAGAGAUGGCCAAGCAGAACCUGGAUAUUCUCAUCAACGAUUUGGACAUCAAAUGUUUUAACUUCCAGCGCUUUGGAAAAGAUUUAGUCAAACAGCUCAAGCUGAGUCCAAACUCCUUCAUCCAGGUGGCGAUUCAGCUGGCCUACUACCGAGUUCACAGUGAAGUGUGCGCUGCCUGUGACAUCGCCUCUCUGAGGAUGUUCCGGGGAGGAAGAACAGACUACAUCCGCUCUCCGACCAAUCAGAUGCUGAGCUUCAUACGGGCCUUUGACGAUGAUGCCGUUUCUAGAGAAGCCAAGGUGCAGCUGCUGAGAGAGGCUGUUGAUGCGUACAGCAUCCUCACAGAGCAGUCGCUGAUGGGGCAGGGUAUAGACCGCCACUUGCUGGGUCUUAAACUUCAAGCCAUCGAGGAGGGACUGAGCGUGCCCCGAAUCUUCAUGGACACGGCCUAUGGACUUGCCACUCACUGGAAACUCCGAACAGGACAGGUGCCCGCCAACACAGACAGUGUGAUGUGUUUUGGACCGCUGGUUCCUGACGGCUAUGCAGUCUGUUACAAUCCACAGCAGGAUCACGUCCACUUUUCCAUCACUGCCUUCAACUGCUGUGAGGAAACCAACGCGGAGAAGCUGGCUCUCACAUUGGAACGAUCGCUUCAUGAUCUCCAGGAGUUAUUUCAGCCCACAGUUUAGCACCGUCUAGACAUUCAGAGAUGGUUUUAACACUCUACUCCAGCAUUGCGGCAGCUUCAGGAACACAGCCUUUAAUAUGUGGGGAACAGAAUGUACUCCUGGAAGUGCCAGGCUUUGUUAAACAAGUGGUCUUCAUGGAAGCUUGCAUGAAGUACAGCGCAUUUGAGCACCUGAAAUGCAGAUGUAUGAUGGACCAUUUACUAAUAAGAAAUACAUCUCUAUUUUUGGUAUUUUAAGAACAGCAAUGAAAGCUUAAACUAGUAAUCUAAUGUAAUACCAAACUUAAAGGCGUUUAAAAUAUGAAAUUAUCUAAUUUUGUGCAUUUGGGUCCCUCUACAGCAUGCAUGAGUUUCAAAUAAGUCUGAUUUUGUGUGACAUGUUACAUACUAGCAGUUUGACUUGAUGUACACUUCUUCCUCAUUAAAUGUGUGCAUUGUCAGGAAGUGACCAAAUAUUUAAGUCCCACAUUUAUAUAUUUGUGUGAAAUCACUGAUUGUGUUACAAAAUCAGUUAUUGUUACUAUAUAUGGGAGAUGUCUGUUGCUCAUUAUGUCCUGGAAAAAAAAAAGUUUGUUUUCUGGUAAUAAAUUGAGUACAGUGGUAACAAAUGGGUUUUCUUGUAGAAACCUUUGCCAGAGUUCUCCAAAUGUCCCCUCAUUCUGUUUGGCUAUAUAAAGUAGUUAGGUUGUUUUGUUCUCAAGAAAGUUGCAAACCAUUUCAUAUGGAAGCAAUUACCACUUUCUCACGAGCUAUAUCUUCAUAGCUCUAACCAUAACCAAAUACAAUUAUUAAACCCUUUCGAUUAUAAAUGUUGUGCUAACUAGUUUUGGUUCAGUAUUAAUGUUGAAGUGCUACCUACUGCAGUACAGUAUAGUCACACCAGAGCGAUGCUCUUCCACAUCAUUUGCUUUUUUAGCUUUCGCUCGCACACUGCUGGCUGGAAAUGUGCAAAAAUACAUUUCUCACAGUGAACGUUCUGCACCAAUUGCUGUACAAAAUCAGGGAGGACAAGGAGUAAGUGCUGCUAGCUUUGCCGAAAUGGUUUCCGGACCUGUUACUGAUGCUGUCAGGUCCCGCAUGGCCUACUGUCUCGAGGAAAGACCUAGUUUUGAGUGUACUGGCAUGCAGAGCUGGGUAGAUUACUUGUAAUCCGAAACUGUAAUUUGUUGUUAUGCCCAUUUUCAACCCCCUGCCAAAUUAUUACCCCGCCCCCCUCACUGAAAUCACUACCUGAUUGCCUAAUCCUAACCCCUCCCCCACUCCUAACCCUAACCCUACUUUACUAGGGGGGUAAUAAUCUGGCGGGGGUCAGAACUCGGCACAACACCGUUACUGAUUCCAAAUGACAUG